AUGCCUACGAUUGGACUUAUGGGGAAGGUGUGGGACUCUGAGUCCCUUUUUAGGAAUUACUGGAUUUACGCAAUAUACCCUCUGUGGAACAAUGGGCAGUUACCGGAAGAUGCUAAGCUUCAAGGCUUUGGAAUAUGGAGACAUUUAGGGAAAACUGCUACAGCUCUUCAGCCAACACAGCCAAAAACUCCCAUUGGAGGAUCUAAACAAACUGCACCAAUGGCCAAGUCUAAGACCCCUGUAAAGACCCCAAAGCCAGACACUGAGAGCUCAGAGGAGGACUCUGAAAGUGAUGAGGAACUAGCUUCUAAGAAACCUGCCACAGCUCUUCUAUCAACACAACCAACAACUCCCAGCAGGGGGUCUAAACAGUUAGCAGUGAUGGCCAAAUCUAAGACACCUGUAAAGGCCCCACAACCACAAAUUGAGAGCUCGGAGGAGGACUCUGAAAGUGAUAAGGAGCCAGCUUCUAAGAAACCUGCCACAGCUCUUCCAUCAACACCAACGCCAAAAACUUCCAGUGGGGGAUCUAAACAAACAGCAGUAAUGGCCAAGUCCAAGUCACCCGUAAAGGCCCCACAGCCAGACAGUGAGAGCUCUGAGGAGGACUCUGAAAGUGAUGAGGAACCAGCUUCUAAGAAACCUGCCACAGCUCUUCCAUCAACACCAACGCCAAAAACUUCCAGUGGGGGAUCUAAACAAACAGCAGUGAUGGCCAAGUCCAAGUCACCCGUAAAGGCCCCACAGCCAGACAGUGAGAGCUCUGAGGAGGACUCUGAAAGUGAUGAGGAACCAGCUUCUAAGAAACCUGCCGCAGCUUUUCCAUUAGCACAGCCAAAAACUCCCAGUGGGGGAUCUAAACAGACGGCAGCAAUGGCCAAGUCUAACACACCAGUAAAGACCCCACAGCCAGACACUGAGAGCUCAGAGGAGGACUCUGAAAGUGAUGAGGAACCAGCUUCUAAGAAACCUGCCACAGCUCUUCCGUCAACACAAACGCCAAAAACUUCCAGUGGGGGAUCUAAACAGACGGCAGCGAUGUCAAAGUCACCAGUAAAGGCCCCACAGCCAGACAGUGAGAGCUCGGAGAAAGACUCUGAAAGUGAUGAGGAGCCAGCUUCUAAGAAACCUGCCACAGCUCUUCCGUCAGCACAGCAAAAAAAUUCCAGUGGAGGAUCUAAACUGACAGCAGCGAUGGCCAAGUCUAAGAAACCAGUAAAAAUUGAAACGCCGGACAGUGAGAGCUCAGAGGAGGACUUUGAAAGUGAUGAGGAGCCAUCUUCUAUGAUUCAAAUGCUGAUUCAGAGAGCAGUGAAUCUUCUGAUAAAGAGCAGAUGCAGUUAUUUAAAAACCACUAGUAUUGACCUCACGUGUAUCUUCUACACACCAAAAAAGGCUGAGAGUGGGAUUACCGGUUCAGUGAAGCUGUCGGGUUGUCUUGCUUUGCUCAUUAUAACUAGCGCAUUACUGAAAGCCACCCCACCACCUGCAGCCAAAUUCACAGUGUAUCCAGCAGUUGUGGCCAAGCAGAAGGCAGGCGGCCCCACCAAGCCAGUCCCAAGCACAAAGUUGGCAGCAGCAAACCAAGAAACAUCAGAUAGCAGUGAAUCAUCAGAUGGUCAGGAAGAGCAUACUGGAGCACAGAAACCUGAGUUGAGAAUUGAGGCAAAGCAGAAAAAAAAACCAAUUUCUGCUCCCUUAUUGACUUCUACUCCAUAUGGCACCACUUCUUCUAAGGAAAUAAGUGCCGUGCCUGCACCAGUAAUGAAAAAGCUAGCUGCGGAGAGUAGUGAUACUGAGAGUGAUGAAGAAAAAACCAUGCCGGUUAAUACUUCCAUACCAACUGCAGUGAAAACAGUUCAGCCAAAAGUCUCUGCAAAGAUGAAGACCCCUAGUGUGAGGAGUCCUGUGCCUGGUAAAACAAACACCAGUAGCCUACAAAAACAGAAACAACCCGAUCCCAAGAGCUCGAGUGAUUCUUCAGAUAGUGAGGAGGAAUCCGCAGUCAUGAAGGUAGCUACUCCUGCCACUGUAAAGGUGAAACAAGGACACCAGACUGGCAAGGUGGUAAAGACUCCACUAUCUCCUAAUCCUCUACCUGGCAAGACUAAUUGUACAAGCAUGGCUAAAACACCCUUGCAGGCACGUGAUGAAAGUUCCAGUGACACUUCAGAAAGUGACGAGGAUACAGCUGAGAAGGUACCAAAUAAAGGCACUCCAAAGGCAGCAGAACAUCUGGUGAGUUCUCCACUGCCAGCUAAAGAAGUGAAGGGAAAGACCAGAAGUCUGACCCAAAGUCCAGCGGUCCAGAAGCCUGCCACUGCUAACAUCUCAAGCAGCUCUUCAGAGAGUGAUGAGGAGCCUGCUAUAAAGUCUCCUGCAGCAACUAAAAAAAACCUGUCACAGUCUAGUGUUGGGAAGACUACAACGCCAACUACAAUGUUACAGAAGAAGCAAGAGAGCAGUUCGGAGGAGAGUGACUCUGAUGAAGAGGAGUCUUUAAAAAAGGUAACAGCCAGUGCUGGAAAAACACAGAAGCAAACUGAGCUAACAAUCAGGCAUACAAAACUGAAGUCCCCAUCACCAGCUAAGAGCCCUGUUGUGACUAAACCUGAUGACAGCUCUGAUGAAACUUCUUCAGACAGUGGAGAUGACUUGCCUGCUCAGGGUAAAGGUGAUGCAACUAGAAGUCUCGCAUCGAGCCAGAAGCUUGUUGGCAAAAUGUCAAGCAUCGCCUCUCCUCAAAAUUACACCUCCUACGAUAACCUCUCCAAAAAGACGGCGUAG